GGCUAUGGACAAGUCUCGCCAAGGGCUGUGCGGUCUUUGGUGGCUUGCGUCGUACGUAUCGUGGGCAAUUACCUCGCCUCCUUUUUAAAGUUGCGACGGCUUUUCCGUGGCGGUGCCUCUUCGUACCUCUCUCAAGAGGGAAUCGUUUGUCCAAGUAGUAUUGGUCUCGCCCGUUACUAUAGCUGCUGCUGCUGCUGCCGUUGUCCUCGAGCCACUGUAUAUUACUUUUUCUUCUCUGCCAUUCGCUGCUGCGCCAUAUUCGUUUUCCACGGUAGCCUGGAUCCUACGGCCAUUUAGCAAGUCCAUUUUUGUUUUUGCGUUUACAAAGUCACAACGGUUGAUUCGAGGAUUGGCCGCUUCCAUCGCUGGUACGACCCGCCUACCCGCCUACCCGCUGCCCGUACGCAGGUACCCGCAGACUCUCGCUGGUACAAAAGAUCGCACAAGAAGCAAUAUCUUUUUUGUAAAACUGUACAUCGAUUUCCAACAGCCAUGCGACGCACCGCACUGCUUUCCGCCACAACGGCCUUGGUGGCCAGCACCACAGCCCAAGUCACGGCGUCUUCAUCGUCAAAACGCGGCCUCUGCCACGUCCCCUCCACAGACCACCCGUCCGACGACAAAAUCUGGGAAGCCGGCCCUUCACCGCCAACAUGGUACUAUAACUACAAAGUCGAGCCCUCGCCGGACCUCAAAGACACACACAUGCAGUUUGUGCCCAUGCUCUGGGGCGCCAGCCCCGACGACACAGGCACGCCGUUCCUCGACUCGGUGAAGAAGCAAAUCUCCGACGGUGCAAACAUCACCUACGUGCUGGGCUUCAACGAGCCCGACGGCGGCCACGACACGGGCGGCUCGUCGCUCGCCGCCAGCCUUGCCGCCUCGCGCUGGAAAGCCGAGAUCGAGCCUCUCAAGGAGCUGGGCGUCAAGCUGGGCGCGCCCGCCGUCACAGGCGCCCAGUCGGGCUGGGAGUGGCUGCAAAACUUCUUCGCCGAGUGCGACGGAGGCUGCAACCCAGACUUUAUCCCCGUGCACUGGUACGGCAACUUCGAGGGCAUGAUGAGCCAUAUCGGCCAGGUCACCAGCAAAUGGCCCAACCUGACUGUCUGGGUCACCGAGUACGGGUAUCCGCACCAGUCGCUCGAGGAGUCGCAGUCGUUUUACAAUCAGAGUGCUACGAGCUUUGAUUCCUGGCCAAAUAUUACCCAUUACUCCUACUUUGGCGCUUUCCGCUCCAGCGUCUCAAAUGUAGGCCCUAAUGCCGCUAUGCUGACCCAAGACGGCAAGUUGACAAACAUCGGCUCCUGGUACUUGGGCGGCCCCGCAACAAACAAUGUUCCCGAGAAGUCUGCUGCUUCGCCUGUAAGCACUGUACCUGCAAAGAUGUUCGUCUUUGUUGCUGCUGCGGCGGCGGCUUGGCUGGCUUGGGCUUAGAUGCUGUGGAAAUUUUCCCGAGUAUUACUGUAACGGGUAGGUAGGGUAGGGUAGGGUAUAGAGAUGUGAUAGAGUAGGGCGAUACAACGCUCGUUUCUUGGCCAUGUAUAAGUCGGUCGGGAAUAGCGACGUGGCUUCUCUGAGAUUUCUAGCAUUGCUAUGGCGUUAGGAUAGGGAUUUCUUUUCCUUUGGCUCAUGACGAAUGGAGAUUUUUUGCUGGGUACAAAUGCGGCAGAGCAUGAAAAUAAAGGUCGCUAUGGUAUAGAUUUGGCAGAGGAAACAAGAGAAUUUAUCGUCUGAAUUCUG